UAGCAAGGAGCGACGUUCACGGCGAUCAAGUGUUACCAUAAGCACGAUAAUGAUAAUUAAUAAUAUUAUGAUCGUACUGUUAGCACGCCUGAUUGCCAUUAUUUUCUUUGGGAAUCUUGUCCGACCAAGAAUCAAUGUCUUUCUCUGACCUACCGUUGGGACGCGUGAUUUCCCAAGCUCUGCAGCUCUUUCACAAACUGCAUCCUCUCGAUGAAUCGCUGAUCAGACCAGGAAGAGUCGUGCACACCAGAAGUAGUUUAGCUCAGAGAGGAUGAAGAGAAAAUCGGACUCGGAGACAGCAACAUCGUCAUCGACGGGUGGAGGUAGUGAGUCACUGGGAGCUGAAUUUGAUGUGUUCUUGAAUUUCAGAAGGCCGGACACUCGCCUCAAUUUCACCGAUCACCUCUAUCACUCCCUGGAUGGAGCUGGGAUUCGCGUCUUCUUGGAUGACGAAGAUAUCCGAAAAGGCGAAAAGAUUGAAGGCGAGCUUCUACACGCGAUCAACAACUCCAAGUUUUACGUGCCCAUCUUCUCUAGAGACUUUGCAUCCAGUGCAUGGUGUCUUCGCAAGCUCGCCCAUAUGGUGGAAUGCUCAAGAAGAUCAACGGAGAAAGUGAUUCUUCCCAUUUUUUUUGAUGUCGAUCCUUACGAUGUUAAGCUCCGAACUGGAUUAUACGUUGAUGCCUUGAAAAGACACGAGGAAAGGUGCGGCUACGAUGAAGUGCAACGGUGGAAGAAGGCUUUAACGGAGGUCGCGUCGAUCAAUGGAUGGGACUGCAAAGAUACAGGCCAAGGGAAACUUAUAAAACUUUUCACCGACGAGGUUUCAAUGAGAUUGGGGAGAGGAGUUCGAGUACUACCUGAUCAUUUGGUUGGAAUUGAUAUUCAUGUGCAAAACGUGAUGCUUAUGUUAGGAAAAGGCACUCUUGAUGUACGGUUUAUCAUAAUACACGGAAUGGGCGGAAUCGGUAAGACAACUCUUGCCAAGGUUGUUUUCAACCGAAUCGCUUCUCAAUUUGAUGGUUGCAGCUUCCUGUCAGACAUUCCACAAUUUUCACAGCAGAAUAAAAUCGUGAAAUUGCAAAAAAGAUUAUUGUCUGACAUCCUCAAGUCUAAAUCCAUAAAGGUCCAUGAUACUGACUUUGGGAUCAACAUGAUUAGAGGGAGAUGUCGCAACAAGAAAGUCCUUAUUGUUCUUGAUAAUUUGGAUAGAAGGGACCAGCUUGGGAAGCUAGCAGAGAAGUGCGAAUGGUUCGGUUCAGGAAGUAGAAUUAUUGUGACAACUAGGGAUAUCGGUAUCUUCAAAAUUAACAACAAUAAUGCCUCCAUGCAAGUGUAUCACUUCUACGGAAUGAAAAAGAUGGAUGAGCAUUAUGCUAUCCAACUUUUCAGUAGAUAUGCAUUUGAGAGCGAUGCUCCUCCACGCGAAUAUGAUAAAAUAACAAGAGAAAUUGUAAAAAUCACUGACAGACUUCCGUUGUCUCUUGUGGUCAUUGGAUCUUCACUUUACUGUGAAAGCGAAGAAGUAUGGGAUGAUGUAUUAGCCAAGCUGAAGAAAAUGCCUCCCAAAGAAGUCCGGGAGGUAUUGAAGAGAUUUAGGGAGGGAACUUGUUCGCAAAGAGAGUAUUGA